GGUUAGGAAGCCGGCAUGGCGCUCCGGUCAAUAAAAUCGAUAGCUGGAAGCCGCCCGUGUUCCAGGCUGAGGCGGUGCGGUAGCGGCGCCGCCAUCUUCCCCGAAGGCAUCUUCCGGUGCCUGUCCCCCAAGUUCGGGCAGGCGUUGCCUGAAUAACAGCAAAAGGUUUCCGUCAGCCCCGCAGGGCGGCCGACUCCGAUCCCCUCGGGCCUCCCCAGGCACGCUCAGCCCCGGUGCAGCGGGGCGCCCCAGUCCCGGGGUCCGCCGGGGGUCCGGGCCGGGGAAGGCCGUGGCGCCGGCUCCUGCGGUCCAAUGGCGCCGCCUUCGGCUCCGCUCUCCGCGCGGGGACCAGGAGAGCCCGUUCGCGGCCGGAGGAGGGGAAGGAGGCCGAGGGCGGUGAAGUUCGCGGACGUGGCCGUGUACUUCUCCCCGGACGAGUGGGGCUGUCUGCGGCCCGCGCAGAGGGCCCUGUACCGGGACGUGAUGCGGGAGACCUACGGCCACCUGGGCGCGCUCGGGUGCUCCGGUCCCAAACCAGCCCUCAUCUCCUGGUUGGAACGGAAUACCGAUGACUGGGAACCGGCUGCCUUGGAUCCGCAGGAGUGCCCGAGGGGGUUAACAGUCCAAAGAAAAACCAGAACCAGAAGGAAGAACGGAGAGAAGGAAGUGUUCCCACCUAAGGAGGCCCCCCGAAAGGGCAAGCGAGGCCGGCGGCCCAGCAAACCCCGACUCCUCCCCAGGCAGACCUCUGGGGGCCCCAUCUGCCCGGACUGUGGUUGCACCUUCCCUGACCGGCAGGCCCUGGAGAGCCACAAGUGUGCCCAGAAUCUGAAAAAGCCUUACCCUUGCCCGGACUGCGGGCGCCGCUUCUCCUACCCCUCCCUGCUAGUCAGCCACCGGCGGGCACACUCCGGUGAGUGUCCCUACGUUUGUGACCAGUGCGGCAAGCGCUUCUCCCAGCGCAAGAACCUGUCGCAGCACCAGGUCAUCCACACGGGCGAGAAGCCCUACCACUGCCCGGACUGCGGCCGCUGCUUCCGGAGGAGCCGGUCCCUGGCCAACCACCGGACCGCGCACACCGGCGAGAAGCCGCACCAGUGCCCCAGCUGCGGCCGGCGCUUCGCCUACCCCUCGCUGCUGGCCAUCCACCAGCGCACGCACACGGGCGAGAAGCCCUACACCUGCCUGGAGUGCGGCCGCCGCUUCCGGCAGCGCACGGCGCUCGUCAUCCACCAGCGCAUCCACACGGGCGAGAAGCCCUACCCGUGCCCGGACUGCGAGCGGCGCUUCUCCUCGUCCUCCCGCCUGGUCAGCCACCGGCGCGUGCACUCGGGCGAGCGGCCGUACGCGUGUGAGCACUGCGAGGCGCGCUUCUCCCAGCGCAGCACGCUGCUGCAGCACCAGCUCCUGCACACGGGCGAGAAGCCCUACCCGUGCCCGGACUGCGGGCGCGCCUUCCGGCGGAGCGGCUCCCUGGCCAUCCACCGCAGCACGCACACGGCGGAGAAGCUGCACGCCUGCGAGGACUGCGGCCGCCGCUUCGCCUACCCGUCCCUGCUGGCCAGCCACCGGCGCGUGCACUCGGGCGAGCGGCCGUACGCCUGCGACCUGUGCCCCAAGCGCUUCGCCCAGUGGAGCCACCUGGCCCAGCACCAGCUCCUGCACACGGGGGAGAAGCCCUUCCCCUGCCUGCAGUGCGGCCGCUGCUUCCGCCAGAGGUGGUCUCUGGCCGUCCACAAGUGCGGCCCCAGGGCCCCGACCGGCGGCCCCAGGGCUGCUGCAGCGGGGGCCGCGCAGAAGGGCAGCGCCCGUUAGUACGGGAAGGACCGGAGAUUUUCAUUUCAUUUCCUGGAGGGGCUCAGGGAAGGGAAGGGGCAGCCCCGGGUCACACAAGGCAGAGGCGGGAGGAACACCCAGGCCUCCUGCUACGGCGCCCCGAACUGGAGUCUGUCUCGCCACACCGGCUGCCUUACCGGGUGUGUCUAGAACAGUCCCGUUAGGAGAGGUGACGUCACGUGGUGGUUUUCCAGGCUACCCUAUCCCAGAAGAAUUUGUGUGUGUGGAUAUCAGGGCUAAAAGUUCUGCCAUCCAUUUUAGGGGCUGUUUGCUUUUCUAGUUCGUGCAUACAGUUGGUGGGGGGCAGUAUCUUGCCCUCCUUUGCCCCUUCCUCCAUACCAGGUUUAAACAAACCUGGUUUAGUCCCUUUCCUUCAACACUCCUGCCAAGUGGUUUCCUUUUUUUUUUUUUUUUUUUUUACUUGCUUUAAAACCUCCCUUGAUAGGGAGCUCACUACCUCACAAGGCAGGUCAUUUCGUUUGGGGAUAGCUCUGAUCUUUAGAAGGCGGUUAGGUACCACCUUCUCCUUCCCUAGAAGCCUAGACCAGAGUAUGUAAUACUUCAUCUACAUGACAGCAUUUCAGAUAACCACAACGGCUUUGCCCACGUUUUCAGGUUAAACAGCAUGAUUUGGUCGAUUGUUCCUUAAAGACAGGGUUUCAGUUCCCACACGUGAUCUCUCUCCAAACAGGUGUUAGUUUUUCAGUGUCCCUUUUAAAGGGUCAUCCAAAAAUAAGCCAGCACCGCAGUGUACAGAGCACACCUCUCUACUUAUUUUAACAGCUCUAGAUUGCACUGAAUUUGGGGGUGGUGACAUCGGAGCAGGGCUUCAUUGGGUUACGGAGACAUAAAUACCUAAGCUUUUUUUUUUUUUUUUUUUUUAAAAACCACAUACUGUGAAGCUAAGUCUUCUGCCCCCUGUGUUUGGAAAAUUGAAGUUGGGUCUGGGACAUAGACAGAGUGAGUUUUGGGAGAAGACUGAUUUUAAGGAGAAGCAGGGGAGCUAUGGUCUAGCAGCAAGAGGUAAAACUGGACCAGCCUGCACUUCAUCCAGGGGAUUUGGAUUAGUUUCAGGCAGCCAUUGGCUAGAAAGUCCUUGAGAACUGGGUCUCACUCCUCCCUGAUUCUCAACCGAAUAAGGAGACAUCAGCACAGAACCUUCCGUGAGUCCUCAGUCAACAUUUUUCAUAAAGUGAGGUGAGGCCAUUCAAGGAGGGCAGAAAGCCAAGCACUUGAAUACAGGGCCGGAGGAGUCUACAGCCAUCGAGUUGUGUUUAUGCCUGCCUUCCUCACAGAAGCUCCCCAAAGCAGCAGCAGCAACGUGUCUUAAUCUUUGAUAUGCCUCCCUGGCACCUGCCUGAGUAGAUGCUCAAUAAAGCUUUACCGCAUUAAAUGAACAAGGCCUACCACUUUGCCUUGGGUAGCUGCACCAAAUUGGGAUUUCCAAACGUGACUUCUCUCCUAUUUCAACAGCUGGAGUGAGUCAUGUUCCUACCCCUGUUGCUUGUUCCUUCAGCUCUCCUCAUCUCAGCCCUAAAGUGGGAGAGCAGCGGGGGGACGCAGCGUUUGUAGUGACCUCUGUUCUGGUAUUUAGCAAGAUGCAUUGUCACUAUUUGUCUGUUUCUCCUUGGAUGAAUGGAUGAGCUGCCCCAAGACAGGGGUCAUACCAGAUUGGGUCUCAUUAAAAUGUCGAUAAAUGA